AACUAGUCCCAGUAUCCUCAGUCGACCCCUCAAAGUCAAUCCUACUCAUCAAACUCCUACACUCCAUCACCUCAAUCCCCCAGAAUGGCCCCCCGUGUCCUAAUACUCGGCGGCAAUGCCGGCAUCUCCCGCUUGAUGACCACAGCCAUGCUCGCACGUUCCUGGGACGUCGUCAGCGUGAUUCGCAGGCCAGGGCAGAAAUCCGAAAUCGAGAAAUUAGGCCAAGGACAAAACGGGAAAGUCACGACCAUGGUGUAUGACUUGGAGAAGGUACGGGGCGCGGCCGAGGCGCAAAGUGUACUUGAACAGGCGAAACCGAAUUUUGUCAUAUUUGCUGCUGGCUCCAUGUCCAACCCCUUCGGCGUAGACCGCGACGCAGCAAAAAGCUUUAUGCGCGCCUCAGCCGACACCCCCACCGUCACGAAAUUCCUUUUCAUCUCGUUUCCUGCCGCACGCCGCAACCGUGCCCCCUGGUGGUCAGACUCGGAGUACAGGCAAUACGUGUCAGAGCGAAGCUCGUACCCGGACAUCCAGCAAGCAAAGCUUGACGCGGACGAGUACCUCGUUGCGCUGGCGAACAAGCGUGCUAAGGGUGGGGGCGCACCAUUUCAGGCUAUCAGUCUACGGCCCACGUGGUUGACGAAUGCGAGAGGGACAGGGAAAGUUCAGCUUGGGCAUGCAGGCGCACAGGGGCAGGUCACGCGAAAGGAUACGGCGGAUGUGGCGGUCGGGUUGCUUGCAAGAGACGACACGAGGGGGUGGUUUGAUCUGUUUGAGGGGAGUGUGGGGAUCGAGGAGGCGAUUGACGGCGUGGUGAGAGAUGGUGUGAAUAGCAUUCAGGGUGAGGAUGUGGAGCGUAUGUACAAGUUGGUGCAGUAAACGAGCAUUGGCAGCGCUCUAGAGUAAGCUUCAUACUUUACAACGAUCGAUAAUAUUCAAUCUGCGUACUCAUUGAUCAAGGAGUACUGGUGUAACCCCUCAC